AUGCGUAGGAAUAUCAUGAACCCUGCAAACUCCUCCACAGCUACCCUGAAACAACACUGUGUCCUGGGUGUUUGCAUGUGUUCCAUGGGAAACAGCACCAGCCGGCUCUACAGCGCGCUCGCCAAGACGCUGAGCAGCAGCGCCGUGUCCCAGCACCAGGACUGCCUGGAGCAGCCGGACUCGGCACGGCUGGAUCCUAUAGACCCCAAGGAUUUGCUGGAAGAAUGUCAGAUCGUUCUGCAGAAACGGCCACCCCGGUUUCAGAGGGACUUUGUGGACGUGAAGAAAGACGUUGCCAGUAACCACCGCCCCAUUCGGGUCAUGCAGUGGAACAUCCUUGCCCAAGCUCUCGGAGAAGGCAAAGACAACUUUGUUCAGUGCCCCAUGGAAGCUCUGAAAUGGGAAGAGAGGAAGUGCCUCAUCCUGGAGGAAAUCCUCGCGUACAAGCCUGACAUCUUGUGCCUGCAAGAAGUCGACCACUACUUUGACACCUUCGAGCCACUCCUCAGCCGACUCGGCUACCAGUGUACUUUCUUCCCGAAGCCGUGGUCCCCGUGUCUAGACGUGGAGCAGAACAACGGGCCGGAUGGCUGCGCCUUGUUUUUCCUCAAAGACCGCUUUGAGCUCAUCAACAGCGCUAACAUCCGGCUAACCGCCAUGAAGCUGAAGACCAACCAAGUGGCCAUAGCUCAGACGCUGAAGUGCAAUGAAACUGGAAGACUGUUCUGCAUCGCUGUCACUCACCUGAAAGCCCGUACUGGCUGGGAGAGGUUUCGGUCCGCGCAAGGCUGCGAUCUUCUCCAGAACCUGAAGAGUAUUACCCAAGGCGCAAAGAUCCCUCUGAUCAUCUGCGGAGACUUCAACGCGGAGCCAACUGAGGAAGUCUACAGAGAAUUUUCCAACUCCAGCCUCAACUUAAACAGCGCGUAUAAGCUGCUCAGCCCCGACGGGCAGUCAGAGCCCCCAUACACCACCUGGAAGAUCCGGCCCUCGGGAGAGUGCCGGCACACGCUGGAUUAUAUCUGGUAUUCCCAACAUGCCUUGAAUGUGAACUCGGCCCUGGGCUUGCUGACUGAAGAGCAAAUUGGGCCCAACAGGCUGCCGUCAUUCAAUUACCCUUCCGAUCACCUGUCCCUGGUGUGUGACUUUAGUUUUAAUCAAGACCCCGACAGACUGCUGUAACGUGUUGGGAUGCCACCUGGUAUUGCAGUGUCUUAACUCACCACUGUUAUUUUAGAGAAAACUUUUGAAGCUGGAAGCUAUUGAAGGAUGAGGAAAUACUGUUGACUAAACGUUAUUUCGGCCACUUGUUUGGAGCUAACACUUGCCAUUCAGCGCUUGUUAAUGUGGAGCCUCCGAGGGAGGAAGAAAGAGAGUCAGUGUUCUCGUCGUGGUGUUCUUGCCAUGUCGGGGUUUGAAAACCAGAAGGCAAAUGAGCUUUAUCCUUUCACUAACCCCCGUGUUUAAGGAUUUAAUCCUUUAAUGAAUGUGGAGGCCUUAGUAUUUAAAUCAAAACACUUGUGUUUGUAAAACAACUUGCCCUGACAGCAUGCUAAUUUUAUUUAUUUCGUGUUA